GUACUUUCCGUCAUCAUCCCAUACCUUGGGUACCUUGGCGUGGAAAAAACAUAAAUUCACUAGUUUCCUCUCCUCGAAUUCUAACAUCGUUUUCUCAUCAUCACAACACAUCCUAAGUCACAAGAAAGAACAUAAAGUUCUACCUCUGCGCCACACAACCAUUCUGACCCUAUAAUCCUCAAUCUCUUCCUAAUACUUCUCGAUAAUAUCAACCUCAUUCAACUAAAGUCACAAUGAAGUGGCCCGUCAGCCUUCUCCCUCUUGGCCUUCUUGCCACUUUCGCCUCCGCUGCCCCGCUUGUGGAGCGACAACUCGACCUCUAUGAGCUCCAGAUCUCUUGCCCGGCUAACAAGAAAGUCGACGGCCGCUUCCUUUCGCUAAAGAACAACACAUUGGGUGUUUUCGACGGAGAAGAUGUCUCCCCCGUCAAGGUCUACACUGUAGACAGCGAAAAGCAGGGCUGCAAUGAGCUACACACGUACCCAGUUGGCAUCGUUGACCACUCUAUUGGACUCAUGGGUCCGCCUGAUCUGUUGACCCUUGUCGACAUGAUGAACCCGCAAACCGUCAGGCCUGAUGAAGGAGACAUUGUCCAGUGGGACACUUUUAAGCUUGCGGACGGCAAGGUUACCAACAAUGCCGAAGGACAAUGGCUAGCAUUUCCGAAGGGCCACGAUACUUGGAAGGUCAAAUGGACUGACGGUUCGGCUGUUAUCACCACCGACUUCAUGGUUGUUGACGUUCUACUUAAGAGUGCUGGCGAGGGUCGUUAUAACGGGGACUAAAUUAGUGGCCCAUGUUGCUGGAUGAGGACUACGGGAAAAGAAAAAGGAUAAAAAUUCCGUGAUGCAUGAAUGAGACAUAAAACAUGUGGAGUACUGCUAUUGGACUCGACUAAUGCUGCAUGGCCU